UAGUGACGCCUCUAGCACUGAGAUGCAGUGCCUUAGACUGCUGCGCCACUCGGGAGCCCACUAAGAUUAAGCACCACCAUUUCAAUUGAAAAACACUUACUGUAAAUCAAUGUAUUACAUUGAUGAAGGGAUCAUAUUUUGAAAUCAUAGGCUUACAAACAAUAAUUUGUUCUUAAGAAGGGUUCUUCCCUCCUUUUUGACACAUGUCCAGAACAACCAUCCACUCCUCGAACACAACCACUUUCCUUCUAUGAUUCCUACCCCUCUCCUCAGGACACUCAUGCCUCUCCGGAAGGAAACCCUCAGAGAUGUCUGGACAGACGACCGGUCUCAAGAAAGUCAAGAUAUGUCCACUCCACAUAAGCCAAAGAAGAAGGCCGAGUCAGCCAACCCAGCCACCAAUGGUGCCGAUGCCAAGCCCAAAAAGAGCAAGAACAAGAAGAGCAAAGAGCUGUCUGGAGAAGAGAAUCCUGCUGUUCAAAGUGGGGAAAAGGUCAAGAAAAAGAAACCAGAAAGAGAAAAAACCGAAAAGGAAAAAGUGAAAGGGAAAGAGAAAGACGAGCCAAAGAAGAAAACAAAAAGUGUGCCAAAGAAAAAGAAAGGUUCAGAUACAGAAGAAGAUGAUGAUGAGGAAGAGACUCCACAAAAGAAGGCAAAGAAAAAGACCACAAAAGAAGGUUCUGACAAAGAUGGCAUGGAGAAGAAAUCCAAAGCGAAAGAUGACAAAGAGUAUGACAAAAAAACGAAGAAAGACACCAAGAAAAAGGAACCGGCUUCUCUGUUCUGUGUAAAUGGAGAUAAGGAUAAGUCAGACUCCAAGAGCAAGAAGAAAGCAGCCAAAUCUGAUAGUGAUGACAGUGAACCAGAAACCAAGUCCAGCAAGUCAAAAUCAAAAAAGAAGGAGAACGCCAACCCGGCAUCCAUGUUCGCAGCAGGGGGAGACAAGGACAAGGACAAGGGUAAAGACAAGAACAAAGACAAGAAGAAAAAGAAAGCCAAAGCAUCAGAGAGUGACGAUUCUGACUCAGAGGCAGAAAAAGGGACAAAAAAGAAAAAGGGAAAAGGGAAGAAGAAGAAGGAGGAGAGGCCUCCAUCCCCGGACAUUGAGUUUGACAGCCUGGAGGAGUUUGUCCUGCAGCCAGCCCAGCAGGGGGUGACGGUCAAAUGCAAGAUGACCCGGGACAAGAGGGGCAUGGACAAAGGCUUGUACCCCACAUAUUAUCUCCACCUCGACAAUGAAAAGAAGGUCUUUCUACUGGCUGGGAGAAAACGAAAGAAAAGCACAACCUCCAAUUACCUUAUCUCCAUUGACCCCACAGACUUGUCUAGGGGUGGAGAAAAUUUCAUUGGAAAGUUGAGGUCCAAUAUGAUGGGCACUAAGUUCACAGUGUUUGACAAUGCUCUGCAUCCAGACAGAGCUCUACCAGACAUGUCCAAUGCUCGCCAAGAACUAGCAGCCAUCAUUUAUGAAACUAAUGUCUUGGGAAUAAAGGGCCCCAGAAGGUUGACCGUCAUCAUCCCAGGGAUGGGCAAGGACAGUGAACGGGUACCCAUCCGACCUCGCAGCGACAACAACGGUUUACUGAUGAAGUUCCAGAACAGAAAGAUGGACAAUCUGAUCGAACUCCACAACAAGACCCCCACGUGGAACGACGACACGGCGUCACAUGUGCUGAACUUCAACGGCAGGGUCACACAGGCCUCCAUCAAGAACUUUCAGAUCAUCCACAGCAAAGAUGAGGCCUAUAUUGUGAUGCAGUUUGGACGAGUAGCAGAUGAUGCUUUCACUCUGGACUAUAGCUACCCCAUGUGUGCGGUGCAGGCCUUUGCCAUCGCUCUAUCCAGCUUUGAUGGCAAAAUAACCUGCGAAUAACAGGAAACCAUGGGCCCCUGUGCCGCCUCAAGCUGCUGCAACUCGUUAUAUUACAGAUGCACACUACCAGAAAGAAGAAUUUCCUUCACCACUCAACAUCAGUGCAAGGUACACAGAAGAAUGGACGUUCUAGACGAGAUGGGAAUCCAAGUGCAUUUGAUAACACAUGGACUGCCUUCUGGGAUUGUUUGGUUUGUUUGCGUCUCAUGCACAGGAGGCUGCUGAGGGGAGGGCGGCUCAUAAAUAAUGGCCCGGAACUGAGCUGACGGAAUGGCAUCUUGAAGACAGCUUGGCUGUCGAAACGUUGGUAAUUAAAUUUUUGCAUCUGAGCUCCUAGAGUGUGCGGCUCUCUUUUAUUUUCAGGAAUGGCAUCAAACACCUGGAAACCAUGUGUUUGAUACCACUCCACUAAUUCCACUCCAGCCAUUACCACGAGCCCAUCCUCCCAAAUGAAGGCGCCACCAACCUCCUGUGGUCUCAUGAUAAUGAUAAUCAUAAACUUUCCUGGGAACAACGUUACUUUGUCCAUAGGAGAUCCUUGCUGAUGCUGCAUGCAAGGCUGAGCACUUGAGAUGUGGUGUGCUUUGGCAUUACACCAUUUCAGUUUCAGGGGAUGCAGACCAAUUGGGGGAUGAAAGUAACAUCUGAAGACAGGCUUUCAAUCUCCCUCCCAUCUACAUCAAGGAUUUUAUAGUAUGUCCAAUUCAUUCUGUUGUAUUUCGUUUGGAAGGCAAAUCCGAUCAUGUGUAAUCUCAAGUCCGUUGGUAGAAAAACUGGGUCUACGUGGACUUAUUUAGGCAUACUUGUUCUUAUUAUCAGUAGGGUUACGUUUGUUUCCAUGCAUUGUGUUAUGUCAACAUUAUGAAAUUGACCUUAUUUUAGCUCAAUGUGUGCUUAUCAGAUGUCUACUGUAUGUUCAUGUUAGGGAUUUUUAUCACCAAUAUUAUGACCUCCUUAAACAAAUUAGAGGUUUCAUUGUGAACACUUAAGAGGCAGUGGCACAAGGCAAUAUGCUUGUACCAAUUGACUGUCGACAGUCACAAGUAUUUUACUAAUCUCAUUUGCUGUUCUCAUUCCACUCAAGCAACAAUUUUGUUGUUCUGAUACCUGCCUUUUUAUGUUCUUUCUAUGUACAGUUGAAGUCGGAAGUUUACAUACACCUUAGCCAAAUACAUUUAAACUCAGUUUUUCACAAUUCCUGACAUUUAAUCCUAGUAAAA